AUGUGUAGCUUGGCAUCUAGGAAGCGCCGACAUCUGCAAGCCGACCCCGCUCUUACGGAAGCGAGCAGUACUACAACCCAUUGCGAUGACCAGCUCGAGACCACCCACGUCUCCAUCUCAAAGGCCUUCCAUGUGGGUCUGUGCGUCGUGCGAGGCAUACGCAUUCUCUCCUCUUGCUGCGUCGGCAGUCUCGUAGCAUGGCUUUGGGCUCUCGAUUGUGUAGCACAUAUCUUCGUUCAUCCUAUUGCGCGUUGUGAGAAGCCAUCUAUCUGCAUAAACUCCUGCGCAAGCCUCUCCCAAUCUGAAGUCGGAAAUGCGACUGCAUCGCACGUAUCAACCGAAACUCAACAUCUACACCGUCUAUGCGAGUCGCUAUCCUUCGACUUUUCAAUAUCACAUUUCAACGCUCUUCAGCGCGCUAUAGGCUACAAAGAUACCAUCGAAGACGCCAUCUGCUUGUUUGUAGAUCUAUGUGUCGACCAAUGCACACCCAGAAGGGUGUCAUAUGGAUCAUGA